AAGAAAAAUCAACUAUUCAGAUUUGAUAAUUUACACGUGUUUUUACUUUUGAAUCUUUCAGCCCCGUAAGCAGUUGUCAGACCCUGUGCAUUGCUCCUUAAAUUUAUUUAUGCACUUAAUUAGUAUUAUUAUUAUUUAUAUUGAAAUCAAUAAAAUUUGAACAAUAAUGUCCGCGUGGGUCUUUGGAUACGGUUCUCUCAUAUGGAAUCCCGGAUUCGAAUAUUUAGACAGCAAAAUUGGUUUCAUCAAAGGUUAUGUUCGAAGAUUUUGGCAGGGCAAUGACUUCCACAGGGGAAGCCCUAAGAAGCUUGGUCGCGUAGCAACCCUUGUUGAAGAAGAACAGGGUCUGACAUGGGGCAGAGCUUUCCUGUUAGGACCGGGAGCUGAAUCUUCUCUUGCUUACUUAGACAGCAGGGAGACUAAACUGGGUGGGUACUGCACAACAGUUGUCUCCUUCCAGCCUAGAGACUCAAAAGAAGAAUCUUUCCCAGUCCUUUUGUAUAUGGCCCUUCCCUCUAGUCACCUGUACAUGGGUCCUGCACCAUUACCUGAGGUGGCUUCUGAUAUUGCAGAGGCUGCAGGCCACUGCGGACACAAUGCAGAAUAUCUUCUGAGGAUUGUUAGUUUCAUGAAAGAGCAUGUGCCAGAUGCUUGGGAUGAGCAUCUAUAUUAUCUAGAGCAUUUAGUUCGAGUAAGGCUAAAAGAAAGGAAUUUAUCUGUAGACGAUGUUAUGGGUGACCAUUGUCCACUCUCUGUUGCUGGCAUAGCUGGUGGUUCAGUUGAAGUGCAGGAACAAGAAGAGAGCAGGAGGUCACCUCCUAUGGAUUAUGCAUCUAGAGUGCCUUCUAGGAAACUACGUUGUGUAGAUCUUUGAUGACAGUGUUAUCCUAAAACAGCGAAAUGAAUCCCUUUUGGAUGUGGUUCUUGGAAUCCUUGAAUAACAUCAGUUCCUAAUAAUAAGGCACUAAAUAUAGUGCAUCAUAGAUCUUCAGUAAAACCAAAGGGUAUCUGACAUUUUUUAAAUGAAUUUAAACUUAUGCUUUUGACAAAUAGUUAUUUGCACAAUUAAUUGAAAUAUUUAAAAGUAAUAUAAAGACAUGUCAUUCACAAUAUGAUUAAAUGAAAUUGUUUUGUUGAUUAGAUAAAAGGUAAUAAUAGUCCAUAACAAUUGUUUAUAUACAUGCAUUUAGCUAAAUUUCCGUUCUUGGUUAGGGGUGAGAAAAAGCAUAAGUAAUUAGUAAAGUCGGUACUAAAUAACGCUUAAAUCAUACACGAAACUUAGAUACAUACCAAAACAAUUAAAAAAAAGCUUAAAUAAUAAAUUCAUUUUUUUUAAAAUUUAUGCAUUGUUCAUCUUCUAUGUGGUUUUAUGCUAUUAGAUUGAGCUGAACACACUUUUAUUAGUUCCUCCCAUCAAAAUAAAGAUUAACUGUAUUCAGUAUCAUUUGACUUAAUACUAUUACUCAAAACCAGCUCGUGAUAGUCAAAAUUUAAUACAAAUAAGUGAUUUUCUGCAAUACUUA